GAGACAUUUAAUAGAUAGAACAUGUGUUUUUCUAUAACAUAUGUAAGAUCGGAGCUCUAUCCAUCCUGUGCGAAAAAUGCGCUCUACCAUGCUCUGAAACCCUGCGCCUAUUGAAUAUGUCCCUAGUGGGCUUGAAUCGGAGAGGAGCCAAUACAAGCGGAAGGGAGGCGUGUCUUCGCUCUUCCCCAAGACCUCCCAGAGCAGGUUGUUGCGUUUGGGCUCUAAAGCCUGGAGACCUCCGAAGUGCUCGUCAGUUUUCGAAGUAGGAGCCAUGGCGACAACAGCUCAGUAUAUUCCGAGGAAUAACUCCUUACCGUCUAACCCGCUCAUGCAUCCGGAUUCGGAUAGGAUGCAUCAGGGGACGACUUACAGAGAGGUGCAGAAAAUGAUGCACCACGAGUACUUGCAAGGGCUUGCGGCUACCAACACAGGACACCCGAUGAGCCUGACGCACCACCAGUGGUUGCCCACCUCCAACACCGACUGGUCCAGCGGCACCCACAUCGGACAGCAGGAGCACAAAGCCAGCGUGCAGGCGACCCGGGAGGACUUGAGCAGCGGCUUCCACCACAGAUCUCACCUGGUGCACCAGCAGACGCAGAGUAGCCACCAUGGCUCUUGGGCGCCUACCACGACGCACCACUUAUCCUCGCUGUCCCCAGCAUCCAACGGCCACCAGCCACUGGUCUACUCGCAGCCUGGAUACACAAACCUCAACGCAAUGCUGAGUCCCCAGCCCGGCUCCCUGCACCAUGGCAUGCGGGACCCGCUCCACGACGAUUCGGGCAGCCACGACAACCAGAUGGAGUCGCCCCAGCAGGCGUUCAGCCACCACCAGGACCACUCGGACGAGGACGCGCCCAGCUCCGACGACCUGGAGCAGUUCGCCAAGCAGUUCAAGCAGCGGCGGAUCAAACUGGGCUUUACGCAGGCGGACGUGGGCUUGGCCUUAGGCACUCUGUAUGGAAACGUCUUUUCUCAGACCACAAUCUGCAGGUUUGAGGCGCUGCAGCUCAGCUUCAAGAACAUGUGCAAACUUAAGCCGCUCCUAAACAAGUGGCUGGAGGAGACAGACUCAAACACGGGCAGUCCCACCAAUUUGGACAAGAUUGCUGCGCAGGGCAGGAAACGAAAGAAGAGGACCUCCAUUGAAGUGGGGGUGAAAGGGGCGCUGGAAAAUCAUUUCUUAAAAUGCCCAAAGCCGUCUGCUCAUGAAAUCAGCAGUUUAGCCAACACUCUGCAGUUGGAAAAAGAGGUUGUCCGUGUUUGGUUUUGCAACAGAAGACAAAAAGAAAAGAGAAUGACACCAAUUGGGGUCCCUCACCCGAAUAUGGAGGACGUAUAUUCCCAAGCAGAGACCCCUCCUCUACACCGUACACUACAGAGUCCUGUACAGUGACUGUUUUCAUGAACAAUCCGAGCAUUUCUGCGGGGGGAUAGAAAAGGGAAAGGGACUAUGGAGUUUACAGUAUUUAAGUUUGGCUUUUGUUUUCCUGAGAGAAAAGAGACAUGGAAAAGUUGAACAGAUGAGUUUUGCCCUUAGUAUUCGGAGAUCGUCAUGUCCCACAAAUAGAUGGCAAGAGUGAACAUGUUAAGAAGAAAAAAAAUCAAGAAAAAAAGACAAAAAAAAAUUCGCUAUUACUGAUUCCGUGCGCAUUUAAAG